AUGACCGACUUCGUAACGGUAAUAUAUACAGUGGUCGUCGGUCCACAACCUACGCCGCAGGAUAUAGAUGAAGAUGAAAAACGAGAGGAAGAAAGCGAAGAAGAUCUGGUGGAUGAUGUGGACGUAGUCGUAGAGCUAAUCAGAGUAGGCACCAACGACGAGGAUGAAGAUUUAGUAGUUGACGUAGAAGAUGAGGGGGUAGAAGACUUCGUUAUUACUAAUGCGGGGGUAGAGCUCGUUGAAGUGGUUAUCAAUAAGAGAGCCGUGGAAGUCCUAGUUGUUGAUGUAGAGGAUGAAGAAGAGGAUAAAAGGGUAGAGGAUCUCGUUGUCACUAUUGUGGGGGAAGAGCUAACCGAAGUGGUUCUCGAUGGAGAGGAAGUUGGAAGGGUAGCAAUUCUAGAUGUUGACGUAGAGGAUGAAGUGGUAGAAGGUCUAGUUGUUGAAGUGACAAGAGGGGAUGUUGCUGGAGUAAUUAUCAAUGCAGGAAGAGAGGCAGACGAAGUUGUGGAGCCUAAAUAA